UAUGACUAAUAAAGUGCUCCACUACCAAGACUACAUAGUUAAAUUACCAAAUAAAAAAAAUGUUUCAUCAAAUUUCAGUCACGUUACUUGCUAUAAUGGUGGUGCUAAUCCAAACGCUGGUUGCGGAACCAACACUUCCUAUGGCCACCUGCGACAGUGAGAAAUGCAUAUUACCUGAUUGUUUAUGCAUGAGCACGAUGCCUCCCUUGGGUUUGAAGCCGGAAGAAAUUCCGCAAAUGGUCUUCCUCACGUUCGACGAUGCUGUGGCUGACGUGAUGUAUUCAACAUACCAGAAAAUCUUUCACAACAGAACUAAUCCUAAUGGCUGCAACAUUGUGAUGACAUUCUACGUCACUCACGAAGGCACAAACUAUCGACUAGUUAACGAACUUUACAACAGAGGCAACGAAAUGGCCUCUCACACUGUCUCGCAUAAAAUGAAUUACCAUUAUUGGACAAAUACUUCUGUUGAAUUUUGGCAAAGAGAGGCUGGUUACCAAAGAUACUUUCUUCACACAUAUGGCAACAUACCUUUAAAUAAGAUACAGGGUUUUCGGGCUCCAUUUCUUCAAACUGGAGGCGACGCUACACAAAGCGCCUUGCGAAGAUUGGGCAUGACAUUUGACUCGUCAUAUACAACGAUACAAUUAAUGGAUCCUCCCAUUUGGCCAUUUACUAUGGAUUACGGCUUGACACACGAAUGUAUCAUACCUUCUUGUAGCAAAGACAAACAUCCAGGAUUUUGGACGAUUCCCAUGAUCGAAUUCCGCAAUGGAGAGAACGGAGCACUAUGCAAAAUGGCGGAUACCUGUUUCCCACCGUAUUUAACACGACCACAUUUUGCCAAUCAGACUACAAAAGAGGUCUUUGACUAUUUCAUGUUCAAUUUCAAGCGGUUCAACAAGACCAGGGCACCUUUCAGCAUCAAUCAACACAUGUACUGGUUCCUCCUUGAAAACCAAGCCAUUCUCGAAGGAUUUUUACAAUUUCUCGACUAUUUGGCAAGCCUCGAUUACGUGUACAUUGUUCCAAUCAGCAAGGGGAUAGAGUGGCUGAAAAAUCCCAAGACGUUGGCUGAGAUGCAGACGAAAAACGUUUUCAGCUGCGACUCGACUUCCGCCAACAUGGCGCCGUGCCCUAAACCACAAGUUUGUUAUUAUACCACAUCCAUUCCAGGUGGUGCACGAUUAAUGGGCUCUUGUAAUUCGUGCCCUGCUGAAUAUCCUUGGCUGUUGGACCACGAUGACGACCUUAUAAUGCAAUCAACUUCCACGAAACAGGAAACAACCUCGACGACGACGCAAGCACUCCCAAUGACGAUGCAGACGACAUCCGCCACUGGUAGUGCAACACAUUUAGGGUAUCAACUUGUCAUAAAUGUAAUAUUAGUCAUUCAGGGAUUCGUGGUAAGUUUCUGCCACUUCUUUUGUUGAAAACGUGA